ACUGAGCAGUUUGCCGUGCUGUGGAUCCUCUUCACCCUGAUCGUGUUGGGUAACUCUGCUGUGCUUGUCGCACUUUUCCUCAACAAAAACAGAAAAUCGCGAAUGAACUUCUUCAUCAUGCAGCUCGCACUAGCCGGCAUUAUUUUCAUUAUUACUUAUUAUUAUUGUUAUUAUAUUUAUUGUGAAAACUACACACGAAAACAUUUCAUUUCUCCUCACUCAAACUUUCAUAAUGAAGGGAUUGAACGAAUGAGGGAAUGCAAUACCGAGCUUCGUGCUGGAGCUAAAAUAGAAGGUUCAGGCAUAUCUAUUACAUUGCUUACUCAAAAGAAGAGUAAAACAUGUGGGAUUCAAAAAAUUCCUUUCUCAGAAUUGGAAAUAACACAUCAAACGUUGGAAGAAUGGAAGUCUGAACGAAGCAUUCUCCUUCAAAAGAAUGAUAAAUGA